AUGGACACCACCGAAGAGGGCUACUCCAAGAUGUUGGAAUUGCAAAGACUCGCAUUUGAAAAACAGUUCGGAACGCUAGAAUCUCUUGGUUACGAAGAUAAAACAAAGACAGAGACAGAGACAGAGUUGCAGAGCAAUCGCAGCAGCACAAGCGGAAGCGACGCCAGCAGCGAUGAAGACGACGAGGAAGACGAAAAAUACUACACCGACACUGAUGAUGCCAGUGAAGCAGGCCCCGACAGCGAAGACGACGCCCAGCAACAUGUGAAACAGCCCCGAGUUAUAAAAUUCAACGGACCAAGCGACACUUACGUGCCACCCACCAGGCACGAAAUCAAACAACUCAGAACGGGCAGGCCAUUGAAGACACACCCAGACGAGAACGCACACAAGAGAAAGACCGAAAACCCUAGCGGAAACGCCAGCGACGAAGAAGAUAACGAGGCUGAAAACCUGAAGAACGAUCUCGAGCUGCAGCGGUUUCUCAAAGAGUCUCAUCUCCUGAACGCAUUCGAUUCCAACUCGUACGACGACGACACCAUAGUCGGCAAGGCAAGAUCGCGCACGCUGGAAAUGAGACUGAAGACAAUCUCCGCGACCAACGGCCGCCAUCAAAAACUGAACAAGCUGGAAAAAGUACCCAUAAACAUAAGGAAGGGCAUGAUCAACAAACACAUGAAGAAGAUUGCACAGCACGAACAAGAAGCAAGAGAUGGCGGUGUCGUUUUAUCACACAUCAAAAAGGGAGAGUUCAGGAAGAUUGACGCAACAUACAAAAAUGACAUAGAGAGAAGAAUUGGCACAACCAUAAAGAAACAGCACCAUUCCGACCGUAAGAACCGCCAAAGAGGCCUAAAGAUCAACACCGUUGGUCAAUCGACGAGAAACGGUCUGAUCAUAUCGAAGCAUGACAUAGAACGAAUCAAUGGCGGCAGCAACCACAAAAAGAGCAGAAGAUGA